AUGCAUGACGAUAACUGGGUGAGCAAGGCGAAGAUCGACGGCAAGAAGGAUGAUGAUCAGCCUCCUGGAGAUCCGCAAGUUUCCACUAAUCGAACUGCCAUUUGUAAUGUAACAGAAGCAGGGGAUAUAUCUGUCAGCAUGGGAAUUAUACCUGUAUGGGUGUCUUAUAAAGAAGACCCGACUAACAAAGAGAAAGUCUAUGCUCUGCUAGACAACGCCAGUGACGGAACAUUCAUAAGACAAGACUUGGCGCGAAGGCUCAAUAUAGAAGGAAGUUCAACAAAUCUUAUUCUAACGACUAUGCAUGGAUCCAAAAACGUUCGUACCGAAGCUGUUGAUGGGUUGGUCGUGACUAACUUCACAAAUGAAGACACUAGUUGUGGAGCUACCUAGGACCUAUACGAGACAAGUCAUCCCAGCAGACCGCAGUGAAAUACCACAGCCACAGGCAAUAAGUAAGUUUCCCCAUUUGGCCGAAGUAAGUAAGGAGAUGCCGCCCUUUAUGGAAGAUGUGGACGUCGGACUCUUGAUUGACUUGAAUUGUCCCAGCGUGUUACGGCCAAGAGAAAUCAUCUACGGACAACAGGAAGAACCAUAUGCAAUUCGUUCACUACUCGGAUGAUACAUCAACGACCCAGUUUACUCAUCAGAGAGCCAAGGUCUUCAUUGCAACAGUGUUCGGCUGAAAGAAAUUGCGCCAACAACUGCGAAAGGAUAUGUUGUAUCGCAGAGAAUGAUCAAGGAACAGAUCACACCACAGGCAGUCAAGCAGAUGUUUGAAUUGGACUUCUCUGAAACAGAAAGAGGGACAGCUAUGUCACGCGAAGAUAGACGGUUCUAUCAUGUAGUGGAAAACGGAAUUGUUCACUUGGAAGACCAGCACUAUGAAAUGCCCCUACCACUCAAAGAUCAGAAUAUCAAACUACCGAACAACUACGUGCAAGCAGAAAAACGCCUGAAUAGUCUGAAGAAGCGCAUGCAGUCUGACGAACGGUACUACAAGGACUACUGUGGUUUCAUGUCAGAGACAAUCUCGAGGGAAUAUACUCGCAAGGUGGAUAACAACCUCGAAUCUGCAAACGGAAGGACAUGGUAUCUGCCACAUCAUGGGGUUUAUUAUACUCAGAAACAAGAUAAGGUGCGCGUGGUCUUCGAUUGUUCAGCCAGAUAUGACGGACAGUCCUUGAAUGACAACCUUUUGCAAGGGCCCGACCUGACUAGUAAUUUAAUUGGCGUUUUAACGAGGUUUCGUUAAGAGAAGUUUGGGUUCAUGGCAGACAUUGAGAAAAUGUUCUUUCAAGUUAGAGUAAGAAAGGAAGACCAGAAUCUCCUCAGAUUCCUGUGGUGGCCUGAUGGAAACAUGGAAAGCAAACCAGAAGAAUACUGUAUGACGGUGCAUUUGUUUGGAGCUGGGUAAUCACCUGCUUGUGCCAAUUACGCCCUCAGACGCACUGCUGAUGACAACGAAGCCGAGUAUGGCGUCACGGUAGCAGACACUCUCAGAAAGAAUUUCUAUGUCGACGAUAUCCUAAAGUCAACCCCUACGGAAGAUGCAGCUGUUGACCUUUCAACAAAGGUAAAGGAAGUAUGUACCAAGGGCGGUUUCAAACUGACUAAAUUCGUUGGGAACACAGAACGCAUUAUCAAAUCAAUCCCUAAAGAGCAUCACGCCGAGAACGUGAAGAAUCUAUCACUGGGCCAAGAUAAGCUUCCGAUAGAAAGGGCGUUAGGGGUACACUGUGCGUAGAGUCUGAUGUCUUCAAAUUCAGGAUCCUGCUGAAGGACAACCCAUGUACCCGCAGAGGGAUUCUCUCCACUAUAAGCUCCAUUUACGACCCUUUAGGAUUCAUCGCGCUAGUCGUGCUCUUUGGUAAGAAGAUACUACAAGAUAUCUGCCAAGCAAAUAGUUGAGAUGAACCAGUUGACGACGCCACAAAGAGUAAAUGGGAGAAAUGGCGUAGCGAACUUUAUCUGCUCGAAAGGUUAGAUGUACCUAGAAGUUUCAAGCCGAAGGAUCUGGGGAAGGUCGUAUCUGUUCAACUCCAUAGUAUGUCCGAUGCUUCAACAACUGGUUAUGGACAAUGCUCCUAUUUAAGAUUGAAUGACGAGAACGGUAAGGUACACACUUCCUUCGUCAUGGGUAAAGCUCGAGUGACGCCAAGAAAGUCUGUAAGCAUACCAAGAUUGGAGCUUGCCGCUGCUGCAAUAUCCGUAAAGGUCGCCAAUACAAUCAAGGAAGGGUUAGAGUACGAGAGAAUCGAGGAUCAUUACUGGACAGACAGCAAGGCUGUUCUCGGAUUCAUCGGUAACGGGGUCCAAAUAAUUCAUGAUCAUUCAGAUCCUUCACAAUGGCACUAUGUAAAAACAUCAUCGAAUCCAGCAGACGAAGCCUCGAGAGGAAUUAACGUUAGCGAGAGAGUUCGUCGAGAAGUCAAAAUGGAUCGAGGGUCCAGAACUCCUGCGCGAGCCUGAAGAAGGGUGGUCAAACGUUGAAGAAUCGGGUGAUACCCUUGUUCAACCUCUACCGGAAGUAAAGAACAUGAGAGCAAAUUCGCAAGAAGUAAAGAAGGGAAAUUGUGGCAUUCUCGACAGAUUAGAAAGAUUCUCCAGCUGACAUAAAGCAAGGAGUGCGGUUGCCUAUUGUUUGAAGUACAAGAAGAUCCUCAAGGACAGGGUGAAUUGCAAGAAAUCAUACCAAGGAAACGAGUCAUACAAGGAAAAAGGCACCAACAAUAGCAGCACGAACGUCGCGGUAGACCUUUGUGUAGAGGAUCUAGAAGCAGCUGAAAGAAAAAUCAUUAAACAGAUUCAGAACGUUGCAUUUCCUACUCAGUUGGAGACCCUUCGCGGACUUCAAGGCAAACCGAACUACGGUACACGAGAAUCGGACAAGGAAAAAAUGGGAGUAUUGAGGAGAACGAGUUCUCUUUACACCUUGGACCCGUUCGUAGACGAACAGGGAGUUCUCAGAGUUGGAGGGAGAACAAGGAGAGCAAGGUUUUCAGAAUCUCCCAAUAAUCCAGUCAUCUUGCCAAAGUCAAGUCACAUUACGUCACUUAUAAUCAGUCAUGUCCACAACAAGACACAUCACAGCGGUAGAGGAAUCACACUCAAUGAACUUCGCUGCAGUGGGUACUGGAUCAUGAUUCAAGGUGCGUCAAGUGUCGUUACCUCAGAGGCAAAACGGGUGAGCAGAAGAUGGCUGAUUUGCCACGGCAACGCGUAG